AUUUUCUCAAAAUUUUAGAAAAACCUCUGAAAAUUCACUACUCGCGGAGAACAACUUGAGCAAGCUCCGUUCUCUCUCAUUGCACUGAUCUUAAUGCCAAUUUCAGGAGAAGCUGAUUAGUAAUUGAGUUGUACUUUUGGCAGAAAGAUUUGAGGUUGAGUGUGAGAAAGGGACUGUUUCUUACCAUCUAGAAAUGGUUCAAGGGGCAUCUCCAAUCACUGUGGCAAAUUCUAGAUAUUGUGGUGUUUGUGGAGCUACAUGUGGUUUGAGGAGUUAUUUUGGGCGUUUUAAGGGCGGGUCGGUAGUGUUUGGUGUGGAAAGUCAGUAUGAUUGGCAUCAGUAUCGGAAAAGAAUUUCCUUUGUUAGAAACAUUGAUAUUGCACGGGGACGGAAUUUGAGGGUUGAAGCUGGAUGGCUGUUCAAAGGGGGCAAUCAGGACUCUGCCAGCAUUGAGCGUAGCGAGAGUGCCAAUGAGGAUAUAUUGAUGUUCUUCUUCCAACUGGAUUUGGCAACACGAGUUCAGUAUGCUUUGAAUUUGGAACAAUAUGACAUAGCAAAGCAACUGAGGGAUAAGCUAACUGAGGUUGAAUCAGAAGUUUUAAAACAGCAGGAGUCUAAACUAGGAUCAGCCUCAAAGAGUGAAGUUCAAGAUAUGGCUAUUAGCAUCUUGUGCCUGCGUGCAGACCUGCAGAGUGCUGUUGAGAGUGAAAACUAUAGUUUGGCAGCUGAUAUACGAGAUCAAAUAUCCAAAAUUGAGGCAGAAUCACUGGCUGCCUCAGUGAGAGCCCAAGCAUAUGAAAAUGCUCAGUAUGCAUUCCGUUUGGGUCAGAGAGUGAAACACAAGGUUUUUGGAUAUCGUGGUGUAAUAUGUGGGAUGGAUCCAGUGUGCUGUGAAUCGACUUCAUGGAUGGAAAAUGCCAAGAUUGAAAAGUUGUCUCGUGGUCCUGAUCAGCCAUUUUAUCAGGUGCUAGUUGAUGUCCGUGCAGAUCCAAAUCUAUUAGUUACAUAUGUGCCCGAAGAGAAUUUAGAAGCCCCGAGUGAGGAAGAUACAAAGAGGUUUGAUCAUCCCUAUACCUCGUUCUUAUUCUAUGGGAUGGAUGGCGCGGGUGAUUUCAUCCCAAUCAAGCAGCUGCGGGAGAAGUACAACAAGCCCCGGCACGAGCUGCCAUAUGAUCCAGAAGAUGAGAAGUCCGGAGGAGAUGCCUAAAUGGCUCCCCAGCACAGAUGAGCUCUAUCCUAACAAUUGAGUUUCUUCAGAGUUUGGAUUAUUGGACAACACUUAAACCCUUCUCGUUUUUAUUCUUGUACAUUCUCAAUUUUCACUAGCUGAAUUUCUCAUUGACAACAAAAUCUUUUCUAGUUACUUUUAGGUGGUGUUUAAUUCAAUUUAUAUCA